AACUAACUUUGAGUGGGAGGGAAGAGAUCCGUAGCUGUCUUUGCCUGUGGCGGCAAUCGUCAUGCGCCACCCCCAAAUGCCCCAUUCUGUCUUUCUCUCUCUGUACUUUCCGUCUCUCUAUCUAUAUCUACUUUUCAGAUAAGUAUGAAUAACAGAUAUGCUGGAGUAUGCAAUAAUUGUUGUUAAUUACGUUUAUUUGGAUAAUUGGACGGGUGUGUUGGGUUUGCGAGAAAAUCGAAGAGCAAUCGGAAUUGUUUCGUUUGCAUCAGGAUGGGUGCGUGUAUUUUGAGCUUGAACGUUUUCGGGAAUUGGUACUUCUGUUUUACUUCGUUCAAGAUAUGGAUGCUUUUCGGCUAAUAAAGUUAAAAAGUUGCGGUGAAUUGAAGAAGAUUGAAGAAACAGGAAAGCGAAAAUUCUGUGACUAGGUUAUUGGAUAAAGCUGUACAGUAUUACAUUAAAGCCAUAAAGAGGAUAGCGAAGAUCGAAUUGCUUCCAACGAAAUGGCGACAGUCGUGGAGCCACCGACUGGUAAUAGGCCGCGAGGGAAGCAUUGCUACACAAUGUGGCAAACAGUAUUUGAAAUCGAUACGAAAUACAUUCCGAUCAAACCAAUAGGCAAAGGAGCCUACGGUGUCGUUUGUUCUUCGAUUAAUACGGAAACAAGCGAAAAGGUUGCAAUCAAAAAAAUAUACAAUGUGUUUGGGAAUCGAAUUGAUGCGCUGAGAACCCUCAGAGAGCUGAAGCUUCUGCGGCAAAUUAGGCACGAGAAUGUGAUUGCUUUGAAUGAUGUUAUGAUACCCUCUCAAAGGAGUAGCUUCAAGGAUGUGUAUUUGGUUUAUGAGUUGAUGGACACCGAUCUUCAUCAGAUUAUUAAGUCAUCGCAACCGCUGUCUAGUGACCAUUGCAAAUAUUUUCUCUUUCAGUUGCUUCGCGGGUUAAAGUAUCUCCACUCAGCAAACGUUCUUCAUCGGGACUUGAAACCUGGUAACCUCCUUGUCAAUGCAAACUGUGAACUAAAGAUAUGCGAUUUCGGAUUGGCACGAACUAGCAGAGACAAUGGGCAGUUCAUGACUGAAUAUGUAGUCACUCGCUGGUACCGUGCACCAGAACUUCUUCUCUGCUGUGACAACUAUGGAACUUCCAUUGAUGUGUGGUCUGUCGGAUGCAUUUUUGCAGAAAUUCUUGGCCGAAAACCCAUCUUCCCUGGAAACGAGUGCCUCAGCCAGCUUAAACUAAUUAUCAGCGUUCUUGGCAGCCAACAUGAAACCGAUCUUGAGUUCAUUGAUAAUCCAAAGGCUAAGGGGUUCAUCAGAGCACUUCCCUAUUCUCGCGGAACUCACUUUUCUUCUCUUUACCCUCAAGCUGACCCUUUAGCUCUAGACUUAUUGCAACGAAUGCUUGUGUUCGAUCCAUCCAAAAGAAUCACAGUAACAGAAGCUCUAUAUCACCCUUACAUGUCAAGUCUGUAUGAUCCAACCUGCAACCCUCCUGCCCAAGCCCCAAUUAAUCUUGAUAUUGACGAGAAUAUGGGAGAACCGAUGAUCAGGGAGAUGAUGUUGAGAGAAAUGCUCUAUUACCAUCCUGAAGCUGCUUAUGCCAACGCAUCGGUAAUGCACUAAUUUUGAAACUCCUUUUCCUAUUUAAAGGAAAAAAAAAAAAAGAAGGCAAAUUCAGCUUUGUAAAAUGCAUAUGUUGAAACAUGGUUGAUUUUUUUGUAGUGUCGCUUGUUGUAUUCAUGCUCCGACCAUAGUUUUGUCUGACAUGGCCUGUCGUAAACGAUUAUGUCCUUUUUAGUUUUAAUUCAUAUGUUUGUAUACUAAGAAUAAAAAGAAUUCUUUCUCUGG